CCCAGUAACUUGGUGGGAUAAACAUUUUCUGUCGUAAAAAGAGAGUCUGCCAAACAGAUUUAAUCAGAAACAUCAUCAGCAUCCAGCUAAUAAUAUUCUGUACAAUAUUCACCACAUAAAAUGGAGGGCAAACAUUUGAGUUGGUUUGUGGCCAUCGUUUUGGGUGUGUUAAUAUUUAAAAUGCACAUAUACGAAGCCUUUGGCGAACAGGAUGAGGAUAUACCACACAAUGAAGUUCGCAAUUGGGCCCUUAAAUUUGGAGUGGAUCUAUGGGAAUUUGGACGUCAGUUUACUAAAAUGAAUGAAAUCAAAAAUCGCUUCAAGGACAACGACAUCGAAGUGAAGCGUAAGGAUGGCAUUAUCCUGCUACGUGAAUUAGCCGCCGAAGUGAAGAACUUUAUGGAUUUUAAGCGCAAUGCUGUGAUGCGUUUGAUGGACUCAGCGGAGCAGGCUGCCCUCUCGGAGCUGGAUGGUCAGGGUGCUAAUGCUGAAUCGCCAUUGUCACAACAACACUACGAUGCUCGACGUAUCAAUGAGUAUAAUGCCGAUGGCAAGUUGGCGGACGGAGCUCGCCACAUGGAUAUACGAUUCAUGAGGCGCUUCGAACGCCUGCCGGUGAAUCUCAGUCUAAGCUCGAUUCUGGUGCCGCAUGGCGUUGAUCUGGAUGAGGCGGACGUAAAGUCGGCAUUACAGUGGAGCGCCCAUUUGGAUCCACUGUUUCAGAACAACUUAGAGCAAGAUCCGGCAUUGUCAUGGCAAUACUUUGGCUCAUCAUCGGGAUUUCUGCGUCGAUUUCCGGGUACUGCAUGGCCACCGGAAGGAUCAAAGGGCAGUAAAUUGAUACAUGACUUUCGUACCCAUAAUUGGUUCGUUCAGGCGGCUUCAUCGCCCAAGGAUAUUAUGAUACUUUUGGAUGCCUCGUCUAGCAUGUCGGAGAAAUCGUUUGAUUUGGCCAUGGCCACUGCUUUCAAUAUAUUGGAUACUCUUGGUGAAGAUGACUAUGUGAAUCUGAUAACCUUCUCGGAGGUGGUCAAGUCUCCGGUGCCAUGUUUCAAGGAUCGAAUGGUUCGGGCAACUCCCGAUAAUGUACAGGAAAUAAAGUCGGCUGUUAAGGCCAUUAAACUACAGGACACAGCGAACUUUACAGCAGGUCUAGAGUAUGCCUUUAGUCUGCUUCAUAAGUACAAUCAAUCUGGAGCUGGCAGUCAAUGCAAUCAGGCCAUAAUGCUAAUAACCGAGAGCACUUCGGAGUCUCACAAGGAAAUCAUUAAACAGUACAAUUGGCCCCAUAUGCCAGUGAGAAUCUUUACAUAUCUUAUUGGCAAGGAUUCGGGCAGUCGGAGCAAUCUCCAUGAAAUGGCCUGUUCGAAUAAGGGCUUCUUUGUGCAAAUCAAUGACUACGAGGAGGCUCGCCGCAAGGUGAUCGAUUAUGCUUUGGUUAUGGCCCGUCCAAUGAUUAUGUAUCAGGCCGAUCAUCCCGUCCAUUGGAGUCCCGUGUUCUUGGCUGGCAAAUCGGGCGGACUUGGUAGAGACUCGGAGUAUCAGCGGCGAUUGGUGACGACAGUUUCAACUCCGGUCUUCGAUAGACGAAAUCAUUCGGUACGUGUGGCAAAUCUGUUGGGCGUUGUUGGCACCGAUGUGCCCAUUGAGGAGAUACGCAAAGUUAUACCCCAACACAAGCUGGGACCGAAUGGAUAUUCGUUUAUCGUCGAUAACAAUGGACGCGUAUUAUAUCAUCCGGAUUUGAGGCCCUUAAGCGAUGGCAAUCAGUAUAUUGAUCAAUUGAAACCCAAAUAUGCCUCGGUGGACGUUACGGAGUUGGAACUGCCGGAAACGGAGGUUGGUAACGAUCAUGAGGUAGUUGAAAUGAACAAGAAUCUAUUGAAUGAGAUGCGCGGUGACAUGAUUCGCCCCAAGGAGGGUGAAACAGAGUUCACUGUCCUCAAUCAUUAUGAUGAUGCUAAACGGGUAUCGACCCGCACCCAUCGUUAUUUCUACGGACCCAUCGAGGACACACCAUUUACGUUGGCUAUUGUACUCCCGGAGAAAUACGGUAGCCAUGAGUUAGUCUCCCAGCAGGAGAUACGGCAUUCGCGUAAUAAUAUUACCGAAUACUUCAAGGGAGACAACUGGCGCGUACAUCCCGAUUGGGUGUAUUGCGAGUACAAUAGCGUCAGCGAUUUGGAAAAGGAACGUGAGAAUUCCGGCGAGUAUUCUUCGCGCGAUCAAGAGCCCAGUUUUGGUUCGCCAGAGGAACAAGUAUUACAUUUCUUGUCACGCGCCGGACGCCCCGGUUGGAAGUGGAUGUCGGUUCGACCCAAGUCACCGCAACCACAUCAUAGCUUGCACAGUGGUUCCAAUGGUAAUUCACCAUCUUCCAGUCACUAUGGUUCACAGCAUUUGAAUGCUCAGAGUUCUCGCAAGGCUGAGCCCUAUUAUUGCGAUCGAACUCUGUUCCAGAGCUUGGUGCGCGAUGCCAUGGUGACGGAUGGUUUGGACAGGAAUACAACAAGCACCUCCAACGGCAAAGAGGACAAACAUCCAAUCGCCACAUUGAUGGCAAUUUUAAAGAGGCAAGGAUAUCAGAAAUUUGUGGUUGCCACGUCAUUUGUGGCCACUCGGUCAGGACUUUUGCGAUGGAUUGAUCACAUCAAGAGGGCGGAGGAUUCACCAGAACCACACUUUAGCGAGGAUAAUGUAAGAGCUAUGGAUACAUCGUGGUAUAAACGUGCCAUCGAUCAACACACUGUGGAGCCGGAUAGUUUCGUUUACAGCGUGCCAUUUGGUUCCGGUUAUGCCAUCAAAUCGAAUGCCACUCUGGUGACUGCUUCUCAUGCAAUCUUUGUUGAGCAUCGUGGACACAAAGCCCCAGCCGGAGUGGUGGGUCUUCAGUUUCAACAUGAUUCGUUGGCCAAGCAUUUCAUUAAUAUAACCUCAGCGUGUACUGGCGUGACUGGAUGUAAGCGUACCUGUGCUUCGGAUAAUCUCGAUUGUUAUGUUCUCGAUAAUAGCGGCUUUGUUAUAAUCUCUGAAGAAAUGGAGCAUACGGGCAAAUUCUUUGGUCAAAUUGAUGGCACCAUUAUGGAUUCCCUAGUCCAGGAUCGUAUCUACAAGCGUGUGACAGUCAAUGAUUAUCAGGGCAUAUGCUCCGAUUCAGAUAAUCCCUAUACAGCGGCUGGUGGCAUACUUAAACCAAAUCGCAUGGGCUCGUGGUUCCUGCAACAUUUGGUGGCUCUGAGUGCCGCAUGGAUAUCCCUUUUGCCUGCCUCAUUGCGUGCCUGGCCACAAGAUGAAUAUACCUAUGAGAAUGAGGAUGUUGUCUUUGUGGAAAAUAACUAUUCAGAUGAAUAUGAACCUUUUGAAAAUGAUUACAAUUUGCCAGUGGAUCAGGAAAUGGAUGAAUUCUUCACAACAGCCGAUGUGGAGUAUACAACGCCGCCACCCAAACAGCAUAAGCCACAUGCUGGUCCCAGAUUCGCUCCAGAUCCCCAAAAUGCAAGACGGUGCGAUUUGCGCACAGAUCUCUAUAUGUUGCAGCCGGAACGUCUCAAUCAGGGCGGUCAAAAUAAUCCUCUAAAGGGUAAAUUAACCAACUGUCAUGUCUCUGGGUGCGAACGUCCCUUCAGCGUUCAGAAGAUACCACACAGUAAUCUUAUUCUGUUAGUGGUAGACACUCUAUGUCCGUGUGGUUCCAAGCAGCUGGAUAUUGAGCCCAUGGAAGAGGCUGGUGUUGUGGGUGCAUGCAGUACUCGUCGUCAGAGUCAAGAGCAAGAGUCACGACGUCGACCCAAGAAAUGUAUUAACUAUCAUCCGGAAGAGAUUGAAAUACAACAAUGUGGGCGUGGUAGUACCUUAUUGAAAACAUCCGCCACUGUAAUUGUGGGUCACCUCUUGAUGGUCAUUGUGACAUUUGUGCUGACCAAUGCGUGAUAUGAGUACUAAAUGAUGGGCAUCUAUUAAAGAUUGGGAAUGAGAAUAGUUUUGAGUUUGUUGAUUCCAUUUCUAUAUGUGUAUGUAAUUAUUGCAUAGCCAAAGAUGACAAACAGAAACAUGAAGAAGAAAAGAAGAAUUCAUUAUUAAACCAAAUUAAACACUAACGAGUUUAUAUUCUGUAUGUAUAUUUACAU